AUGAAGAUUUCUAACUUAAUACCUACUUAUUUGUUACCAUUUUCCUUAUUUUGUCAAGUCUUAGGUGCUCCCACCAAUGGUAAACGUGGUGACGUUGUUGUUGUCAAAGUGAAGACAACUGUGCAACAAACCCAAACUGAUAUUCAUACCAUCAGUGAAGCAACGGGUACAACAACAAACUAUUUAAUUAAUACCAGUACCGAAACAUUUACCAGAUAUACUGCUACGGUCACUUCCACUGUCUAUGGAGUCCCUCACACAUAUACCACAGUUGCUAAUACACCUGUUUCUGCCGCUGAUGUUGUCCCUAAUAGCGAAAAUGAAGUUAAGUCAUCCCCUACAGAAAAUCCUGUGGAACAGGAAACAACAACUUCUUCUUCUUCUGUUGCUGCUACUACUACUACUCCUGUUGCCAAGAUCCCAGUUUCAUCCCAACAAACCUCUACCCCAACCCCAGUUCCAGCUGAAACCACUUCGACUUCUAGUGCAUCGUCGUCAUCAUCAUCUUCAAAACAAACUACAACUUUGGCCGAAGCUUCAGAAACUGCUAUUAACGAUACUACUGAAACUAGUGGCCCUACAAUUACUGGUUCGGUCAGUUCACAAACAACCGAUUCAUGGAUAAUUGAAAACAUAUCUACUGUCACUUCUGAUGGUACUUGCUACGUCAAUUAUGAUUACUACUAUGCUACUGAAACUGAUGAUGCUGAAGAAACAACCACUUUAACUUCAACCAUCACUACAACUGUCACUCUUAAUUGA